CUGCCCUUCAUAGUGCUCGCAAGUGAGAGGAAGAGAGAGUGACAUUCGCUACACCUACUGCGUAGUGUUGGACUUGUUUUGUGUAUUUACAUUGAGGAGGCAGACGGGACAAGAGCGCCAAGAUGGUGGGCACCAAGACGACCAAGACGGUGACGGUACAGAGGCGCGGCACCUUCGGCGACGACCCCUUCUUCAAGGACUCGUUGCAGGAGUGGGAGGAGGCCAUGAAGAAGGUGGUGGACCGGUGGGACGACGCGGGCACAACCACUACCACCACCACCACCACCAAGCCCGAGACACGCACUGUAUACCGCCAGAUCCGCUCCUCGAAUGUUACUUCUGACGACACCCAGGCUGUCUCCUGCACCGAGGAGGAUGAUAAGUACAAGAUGAUGGUCGACGUCAAGGACUUCAAGCCUGAGGACAUCAACGUGAAGAUCGUGGACGACACGGUGGUGGUGGAGGGCAAGAUAGAGAAGAAAGAAGGGAACGCCGUGUCGACGCAGAUGUUUACUCGGAGAUUCAUUCUCCCGCCUUCCAUUAACCUCAACGGUGUGUCUUCGGCCCUCUCUCGCGACGGUGUCCUCACCAUCAACGCCCCCAAGCUGGCGAGCCACGUGACCAGUCGUCAGCGAAAUGUUCCCAUCACCUCCGGCGCCAAGAACGGCUCAACCACCUUCACCAGCAGGCCGAGCGGCUUCACUCCGAGCACCUCGGACCAGCACACCGGGUCAGACAAGCGCUACCUCUCCCACACUCCCCUGCACGAGAAUGCUGCCAAGGGCGCCGCCCACACGCCCCUCCACACUGAAGUCGUCGAGCACUCCUCGCGCGACCACUGGACCUCCUUCAACGACAUGGUGGAGAAAUCUCAGCGGGAAAUGGAAGACAUGAUGCGUCGCCACUCGCUGAAAUCCAGUGUGGAGCCGACGGCGUCAGUCUCCACCAGUCUAGACGUUUCUAAGCCAUCUAGCGCCCUGGUUCGACCCCCUGCGGGAGUGUCCACGAGUCAUGACGUGAUCACCGCGGGAAAGAACGUGACGGAGCGCAAGGAGCAGCGCUGGGAGGACAAACCUGCGCCCGGCGUCACCCGUACCAACCGCAUCCUGAACGAGAACACCGAGUUGAAGGGCGCUGAUGGGUCUGUUGUGGGUAGCAAGAAGCGCUCGGAGCAGGAGAGUCACGCCGAGGGCUCCAACGAGCAGGUUCUCCCCGACGGCACCAAAAAGCGAACCUUCACUAAAAACUAUGAGACCCGCAAGGUGUACAGCUUCAACACCAGCGACCCCAAGGCCUUGUGAGUGAGCCGGCCUGGACACGUAGAGAACUGGAUACAUACACGAACGACCCCAAGGCCUUGUGAGUGAGCCGGCCUAGACACGUAGAGAACUGGAUACAUACACGAACGACCCCAAGGCCUUGUGAGUGAGCCGGCCUAAACACGUAGAGAACUGGAUACAUACACGAACGACCCCAAGGCCUUGUGAGUGAGCCGGCCUAGACACGUAGAGAACUGGAUACAUACACGAACGACCCCAAGGCCUUGCCAGCAAGCCAGCCUGGACACGUAGAGAACUGGAUAAAUACAUGUGUAGCGUCCAUGAUACAUAUGCUAGAGUCCGUGGCACUCUAGCAGGGCGUCAGCAGGACCAGACUAGGGCGUAGAGUGCGGCUGCUGACUCACGCUGACCAAGUUCACAGCUGACUGUCUCUCACUCCAAAACUACAACACUAAUUUUAUUUAUUUGAUGCAUUUUGAAAUGUCUUACAGUUCUGCAAAGAUUAUAUCCAUAUACGGUACGCUUUCAACAUAUUUGUACAAAACAAUUGAGUGGGAAACAUUGUAAAUUGCUAAUUUGCCCAUUAACACAUACAUGUACAUUGUGUAUUAAAUUCCAAACGUUAUUUUUAUAUAAAAUAAAAUACCAUUUAAAUCA